UGCGUAGUAUGCACAUUACCACCAGAAUAUUGUGAAUUUGGUGGUACCACCAAGAGAUGCCAGGAGUGGCUGAAGACGACACACCCCGCCAUGCACGAGAAGCUGUACUCGCAAGACGCCAUAGAAGCAAACUUGUCCACGCUCUCACUCGAUGCGCAGAAGCGCGCCGAGAAAGACGCCGCCAAAAAGACUGCCAAGGCCGAAGCAGCAGAGGCGAAGCAGAAAGAGCUGAAGGCCGAAGCUUUCAUCAAGAUCAAGCGCAUCUCGCGCCAGAAGAACAAGUAUGUGACGUGCGUACAAGGACUGGAGGCUCAUAGCGUCGAUCUGAAAAAGGCCGCGAAGGAGUUUGGCAAAAAAUUCGCGACGGGGAGCAGUGUGACGAAAAUCCCCGGUGGUGGCGAGGAGAUUACAGUACAGGGUGAUGUCAGCGAUGAUCUUUUUGAUUUUCUGCAAGAAAAAUAUCCGGAUAUACCCGAAGAUAACAUUGAGUUGAUCGAGGAGAAGAAGAAGAAGAGC